GCCAAGGUAGGUGCCAGGGUCCUCGGUCGCCGCCGGCGGCAUCGCGAGACCGGCGUGUGGACGUCGACGCGCACGCGCGGGCGAGACGACGCUGCUUCUGUUUAUCAUCCUUCCUCUUUCCUUCUGUGAGGGCAAUAGCACUUCAGGUCAUGACAGAUGGCCUGUCACAGACGUCAAUUACCGACAGUUACCGAGCACAGUAUCAUCACAAAGUUGUCCGAUUCUCGACGUGCGUAACAGUCACGCGGUCGGUGAGUCAGAGGAUCAGGCAGCUGCUAUGUGACCGUCUCCCAGGACCGGACGCAGGGCUGGGGCGAUGGUCCAUCUCAGUUGACUUGAGGCGAACUCGAAUAGAUGGGCUCGUUGAUGGCUUGUGCGUCUGUUUCGACAAACAGCAGGAGGCGGAAGAGGUGAGGAGAGAACAGGACGUGGGGCGGCAAUGCUUGCAACCUCGCGCAGUCUCGGUCGCCAUGAGCAGGCUAGUUGUAAUUGGGGAGGAGGAAGAUGUUGGUGACAAGCGUGACUCUCAAGACGGGAGACAUGAAGCGUUGGAUGGCAAUCCAAGGUCGCAGAAUCAAAGCACGAGGCCAGUCACGAAUGACGACGACACGGAGCAGGCAAGAAUGGAUGUGAAUGGUUAUAGGCUAGAAAGACAAAGAUAGAAGAGGAAAUGUUCACCUCGGACAAGUCGAAAUGGGACGGGGGGCCGCCGCGGCACGCUCAGUGCUUGACUCGCUUGAUGCAGUUGUAUCGAGUCUUAGGCGCAGCAUCCUCGGCGACGGAGGAGCAACGGCCGUAAUGGGCCGCAAUGUGACACCCUUUGUCACACGAAUCGUGGCAGACCUGAAGC